UGUUUCCCUCACACUUAUUUUGUCUCCCCCGUUCCUCCCUCCCAAAUCCACACCCCUAUCUCCCAUAUCGACUCCUUCACUUCUCCUUGCAAAUCGACUUGUCCUGAAUACACUAUGUGAUUCCAAAGUCAAAAAACAUAAAGCCAUGUAGGCUAUAUCGCUCGAUUCCAAAAAUAGUUAUCUUCUUGUUCCCAAUAUUCCAAUAGGCAGAAACAUAGUCACAACCUAUGAUGACCCCUUCCCGCCAGUGACGCUUCCUCGUUAUAAGUUUCUUGGGAAAGCCAAGAAUUAGUAAUCUCAGCGAAAGGUAGAAGCAAUCGUGUACUCCAGCUUUCCAAGACAAACACAUAAGUCGUCACAUAUGGGUUGUAAACCAAAUACAACAUCAUUUAACAUCAUGGUUGAUGCUUAUUUAAUAUUUGGUCAUCAGGAAGGAUCGAAAAACUAUGAAUUUGUAUACUCAUCCAAUAUUUGCAUUAAGAAAAUUAUUAAUCAUGUCAACAUUUUUGGCUGUCUUUGGAUGCAGUUUUGUAAUUGUGUGUUUUCUGUUUAAUAAUGUGGUUUCUUGUUUGUUGGUACGGUUUUGGUUGUCUUUAGUGCGUUUUUAUAACCACACAAUUAAAUAAGGGUAUUUGUUGAUGCGAUAUUAGUUGGUGCAGUUCGAUUCCCGCACCAAUUAUUGAUUUUAAUCGCAACAACAGCCAGUGCAAUCGUCUUUCCUACAUUUUGCAAAGCAAGCGAACAAAUUAGGAUAUUUUGUCUAAAGUGUAAUAGAAUAACAUUUUUCAAGUAUCAAAAUGCCUUUGUUUUAAUUUCCUCAAACGAAAUCUAUAAUUUGCAGAUCAUUAACUAAUACUUAUGAGAAAUAAAAACAAUAUUACAUUUCUUAUAUGACUUGGUAAAAGAUUUAUACUAAUAAAGAAGCUACUCUUCUCAUGAGGGAAAGAAAACUUCAACUAGAUUUGAAAAUUCUACUCCAUGCUGAACAAGUCAAAGACGCCAGCCAUUGUAGGAAUCUUGAAGUCUUGAUCAAAAUAAUAGCACCACAACCAAGCAAAUAACUGACUCUUUAAAUAGCCAUUAAAGAUGCAGCAAACCAGAUAGAUUCAUAGGGAGAGAGAAAUCUGAAAAUAAGAGAGAUGACGAUCGGAAUAAUGGAGGUGAAUCUGGUGGAUGCUCGUGGUCUCAGCAAUUCUGAUUUCCUCAAUAAAAUAGAUCCAUAUGUGUUGAUUCAGUACAAGAGUCAAGAACACAAGAGCACUAUAGCCAAAGGGCAGGGAAGCAAGCCAAGCUGGAAUGAAACAUUCAAAUUCAGGGUGGAAUUUCCAGGAUCAGAUGAACAACCUAAGCUUGUUCUCAAGAUAAUGGACCAUGAUACAUUCUCAUCUGAUGACUACAUUGGACAAACAACAAUAUACUUGAAAGAAGUACUGGAACUAGGAGUGGAGAAUGGAAGGUCUGAGCUACGUGCUCAAAAGUAUAGUAUUGUGGAUAGUAGCCAAAGCUAUCGUGGAGAUCUUCGAGUGGGUGUCUCCUUCACCCCAAGGGUGGAAAAUGAAAGUUAUGCACAAGAAUUUGGAGGAUGGAAAGAGAGCCAAUGGUAGUUAGUUUGUGGGUAAUCCUUUGGUUUUUCUGUUUGGAAAAUGUUUAAGUUUUGAGUAUGUGAAUUUUAGAUGUUCGAAAUGUAAAUUGUAUUUCCUUGUUUUAGUGGUCAAAGACUCGAAAUGUUCAUGGAACUUGAAAUGGUUUCUCGAGGUUUAUAAUUUUGUUUUUUA